AACUUUUCGCCGCAGUCGCUGGCCCGAUGGUAGUUUGAGCUUUCGGCGGUUCCAGUAGCAAUCCGUCAUCGCCACCUCUCGGUAUACGCGGCACAACACGACGACACUUCGGACCUCGACUGCGUGUGUUUACUUCGUUAUUUUCCCCUUAUUUGUUUUCAAUAACAUUACAUCGGCAGUGGACAUAAUAUUGUGAGUGCGAUGAUGGAACGAGUUUACACAAAGGCGACGUUCAAAGUAAAACUCCAGCCCAGCGUUACGAAAAGAGAAAAAGUUGGUAUUAAAAGCGUUUCAGCGUUCAGACCUUAAGAAACUGAAAAAUACAAAACCUGCAGUAAAUAUUAUACCUAACAUCAGCACAAUGUCGACGCCCGCGAAUGAAACUUACGAGGAUAUACUAACAGAUACAAAUUUAAUUAAACAAUUCCAAAAGUAUUAUCCUCUAGCCUUAAUAAUCCUAGGGAGUCUUGGAAAUUGCAUGUCCGUGUUUGUAUUCUUCGGCACCAAUUUGCGAAAACAAUCAUCAUCAUACUACCUAUCAUCUUUGGCGAUAAGCGACACGCUGUUUUUAUUGAUGCAACUUAUGUCCGAACUGACCAACGCCGGAAUCGAAUUGUUUUUCAUGGAUGGAGUCUGCCAAUUUUCUAUCUAUAUGACUCAGAUGUGCAGUUUCAUCAGCGUUUGGCUUGUGGUAGUAUUCACUUCGGAACGCUUCAUAGCCGUCCGGUAUCCUCUACACCGAUCAGUGGUGUGUACAGUAUCCCGAGCCAAAAUGGUUCUUUGCGUUUUAAUUACAUUUGCAAUUAUUGUACACGUGCCAUAUUUGAUUAUUACAAUGCCACAAGAAGUGCCCAUCUUAGGAACUAAUAAUUCGACCCACACUUGCGGAUUGAAUAUGCAAUGGUACGAUUUGUACGUUUGGCUCAACUACGCCGACUCUUUGAUCAACAUGGUCGUACCGUUUUUCCUGAUUGUCGUAUUCAACAGCAUGAUCUGUCAAUCGGUGUGUCGUCUGGCCAGAAUUAGAAGAUCGAUGACACUUCAUCCUUCCAGACGGCGGCAGUCUAUGCCUCAGAAUUCGCAGCAAUCGUCUCAAAUUAAGGUCACCGAAAUGUUGUUGGUUGUGUCUACAGUGUUCCUGUGUCUGAACUUACCGUCAUACGUAUUCCGGGUGUGGAUAGUGUGGGAUCCCGAAUCGACGAUUAAAUACAAAAAACUACAAUUCAUUGCAAACCAGAUGUACAACACGAACUUUGGCAUCAACUUUUUUUUGUACUGUGUCAGCGGUCAAAAUUUCCGGAGGGCACUAGUUGAUUUUUGGACCUUGAGAAGACACCCCAACAAGAAAUCCAGAGAUACGCAGGUGACGACAGUGUUGUCAGAAUUUUCCAAGAGCGGCGUUGGAUCAAAACAUACCACGGUAAACGGAACGUGGAAAGAAGUGCAUGAGCUUAUACCUAUUGCACACACAUCAUGAUUAUAGAUCAUCAAUUUUUUUCAGAUUUAAUUAAUUGUUUUUCAUGUUCAAGUUUUUCUUGUUUUUGUUAUAAUGAACUUUUUCUUACCGAAUACAGGUUUUAAAACAAUAUGAACGUACCUUCUAUUAAUGAAUGUAUUAUGAACUGUGUACAUCAAAUCUGUACGCAGUACGAGUACACAUAUUAUAUAUUAUAUACGACUAGAGUGUAAUUUAAUUUUUAGCAAAACAAACUAUGAGUUUAAUUACUUACCCAAACAUAAUUAUAAAAAUAUAAAUGUACACACGGAAAUAAAGUCAA